AUGUAUUUAAGAAAAUGGUCACGUAUGGAAUGGUGGGAUUCCGUCAGAUAUUUUAAGAAGUAUAAUUUACUUGAUUAUAAGGAAGAGCACAGAUUGCUCCAUCUUUUCCCUCCUACUUGGUAACAAUACUUGCCUACUAAGGCCGACUUGAGAGAAGUUAAUUUCAGGGAUAAAUAGGACAAGUAGUUAGUCAAGGUACUCUUCUAAAAGUAUCCCGAUUUGCGUUAUGAUACUUCUGGAAGAAUGUAUGAUAAAGAUGGUGGUUAAGAUAAUUAUGCUAAUUAUGUUGUACGCUUCAUUUUGAAGUAGAAGGAAUAUAUGAAGAGAGGUAUGUCUGCAAAUGCUGCAUUUAUAGAAACUGAAAAAAUCUUCUAAGAUCGUAUGCAAAGAAAAAUUGAUUAAAAUAAUUUAACUCGUGGUAUUGCCAUAAACAACAGAGCUCGUUCUUUCAUGAACUUCUAUUAAUAAAUGGCUGAAAGAGAAGCUCGUUGGAAAGUUCAAAGAAUGAAACGUGAUGUUCAAUAAUAUUUGCACGAAAGAGAAAUUUUUGAAAAGGAAAUCAAUGAUGAUGGAGAUAUGGAAGAUGAUUUCGCCGAAGAAGAAAAUAUUUACAACAGAGUUCUUCUCAAAUUUUAAAAUGCAGGCAUGCCUGAAAUAACUAAACAAGAUGAAAAGGUCAGUACUUAAAGAGAGUUUAUUGAAAGAAGUGAAAACAUGUUUAAGGUUUAUUAUGAAAGAGCUGCUAUCUAUGAUAGACUUUAAGGUUUAACUGAUUCCCAAAUUCGUUCUGAAAUCUAAAACUCACCUGCAAAGAUGAAGAAGAGAACAAGAAAUCUCGUUAAAAAGUUAGAAAGAUUGGGUGUUGUUCUUAAAUAGGAUGGUGAAGUUGAUUUCUCAGCUGUUAAGAAUACCAACUUAAGAAAUAAGCUUGAAAAAGACUCUAAUAUUAAAAUUGCAUUGAUGCUCAAAGACUUAGAAUUUGAAUUCCCUCACAAAGAACAUUAAAUGGACCAAGCUGUUGAUCUCAAGCAAAAGCUUUAGGAAGUUUAAGAUCUUAGAAGAACUUAUGUUAAAGAUAUUAUGGAAAUUGCUGGUUAGCCAUUUAAAAUGAAAGAACCUAUGCCUUCGUAUGAAUAAACUCACGAUACUUCUGAUGAAUAAGCUGAAAGAGCCAGAGAAGCUAAAAAGUUGGGUGAGCAAUUGUUAGAAAAGGCUUAUACUGAUUCUCUCUUGAAGCCAAUUUUGUAAUCUCCUGCUACUUACAAGUUAUUUGAAACUUAUGAUGAACGUAUUCUUCGUAUUGAAGAAAAGUGGCUCCGUCGUUAAAUCAAGAAUGCCGAUCCUACAGAAGAUGUUUCUGAAAAGGAAGAAAAACUUUAGGUUGUUAUUGACAAAUUGAGAAGAACAAAAUACAAAAUCGAUUAAUUAAGUAUGAAGCAUGCUUAAGAUUUAAUGUUCGAAGAACAUGAAGUUUAUGGAAAGGAUAUUUUAAUUGAUGAAAAGGUUGGUUAUGAAGAUUUAAGAGAUUAUCUCUUCCAACCUAGUGAAAUUCGUAGAAAGACUGAACUAGAUGUUAUUAAUGAUAAUAAGAUUUAAGAAAUGAUUAAAAUUUCAACAAUAAAGGAAGACUUAGUUAAUCCUUAUAACAAUGAAUAUGCAUCUAAAUUGAAUUUGUAAGACACCAUCGAAUAUUAGAGAUCCAAAUAAGAAAAAAUCAAAACUCUUAGAGCCGAAAAGGAAAGAGAAGAGAAAGACUUAGAAAAAUUAGAUGCCUUGCAAAGAUUUGAUUUUGAGUAAGAAGAUGGCGAAGACUCUAGCAUGAGAAGUCUUGAUAAAGUUAUUGGAGGUGAAAGCAAUCUUAUGGGUUCUGUUUCUAAAAAGAAAGGCAAAGCUUCUAAGGAAGAAAAAAGUGCAUCUCUCGCCGAAGAAGGUGAAGAAGGUCCUGUUGAUGAAAAGAAGAAAAUCUUAGAAUUCAUCAAGAAGGCUAAUGAAAAGAAAGGUAAAUCAAACAAUAAAUCUUCUAAGUGA